CGCCCGGAGGGAAAGAUGCCGGGGAACGGCGCUUCAGGGGCACCGGAGCGGAGGGAAGGCGAGCGAGGCGGGGACCGGAGCGGUGAAGGCGGCCGGGGCCCCGGGGAGGUGCCCGAGAGCGGCGAAGAGCGAAGGCUCCGCCUCGCCGCGCCCGCGGAGGGGGCGGAAUCGCAGGCCCCGCCCCGGCCAUCCGUGCCCGCCCCUGCUCCCAAUCAGGUCGGCUCCCAACACAUAAACAGCGCGGCGCAGCCGGCUGCAGCUCAUCAGCGCAGGGCAAACAGCAGCGACAGCGUCAUGUCUGGCAGAGGCAAGGGCGGGAAGGGGCUCGGCAAGGGGGGCGCCAAGCGCCACCGCAAGGUGCUGCGCGACAACAUCCAGGGCAUCACCAAGCCGGCCAUCCGCCGCCUGGCUCGGCGCGGCGGCGUGAAGCGCAUCUCGGGGCUCAUCUACGAGGAGACGCGCGGCGUGCUGAAGGUCUUCCUGGAGAACGUGAUCCGCGACGCCGUCACCUACACCGAGCACGCCAAGAGGAAGACGGUCACGGCCAUGGACGUGGUCUACGCCCUCAAGCGCCAGGGACGCACCCUCUACGGCUUCGGCGGCUAAAGUCUUUUCGCUCCCGCACUAUUUCCAAGAACCCAAAGGCUCUUUUAAGAGCCACC